GACGGUUCGUCUUCGGCCAUGCUGAUGAUUUACGAGCGAGCCAACAAGACGCCCACAAGCGCGCCGCCGGUCAUUCGGCCGCAUCCGCGUAUAGCGCGGGAAGUCAAGUCAGUCGUCGGACUUGGCGGGCCGCGGUCGGUGCACGCCGCUGCACGUAUCCAAACGCGUUCGAUAAAAAAAUAUAUCGUGUAAUAGACAAAGUGAUUCGUGAUUUGUGUGAACAGUUUGUUUUUUACAGUGAUAAGAAUUAGGAAGUGACGGAUGAUAGUGACGGCUGCGGAGCCAAGUUCACAGCUCUGAUCGUGUCCGACAAGUUCCAAGGGAAGCCGUUGCUUGCCAGGCAUAGAUUGGUGAACACAGUGCUUCAAGAAGAAUUGAAGAGCAUACACGCAUUCACGCAAAAGACGCUAACGGUCGAACAGUGGAACGCGCAGAAGUCUUGAAAUGUAAUUUGGAAAUAAUAAUGAAGUAGAACAAAUUAUAUGUUGUUUUUAUUGGUUCCUUGCGUGUAAAGAAUUGCAAAAAUGUUGAACGGAAUAGAUAAUUUGUACACAGUAAGUGUGUCGGCCCCGGGUAAAGUGAUCCUGCAUGGGGAGCACUCGGUGGUGUACGGGAAGACCGCGGUGGCCGUCAGCCUGGGACUCAGGAGCUCCAUCGUUAUUAAGGAAGUAAACUGCCAUGUGGAGCCGACGAUACGCAUCCACCUGCCCUGCGUCGGGCUAGAAGAAACACUACCACUAGAGCCAACAGUCAGAAUUCUAUUCCAUCCUAAGUUAGAACCAGGUAUCACAGGGAAAUUCUCUUGGAGAUUGCCCGACAAAAUAGACCAUGAAAGUCACUUGCGAAGGGUGGAUGAAUUCUUGCACCAAAUCAGGCCAAACUUCGACGCAUUACAAAACAAUCAGAAGAACUCCUUACGCAGCUUCCUAUACGUUUUUUCUGGAAUAUUCGGCAGUACCACUCUCCCGGUCAAGUCGAUGGAGAUCUCGUUAGGGUCAGAGCUCACUAUCGGAGCUGGUACCGGCAGCUCAGCUUCGUUUGCCGUCUGUCUAGCAGGAGCGUUGAUCCAACUCCUCAAACUGAAGAUGUCGACGGGAUUCGACGCGUUUUAUGACCAAACGAGUGAAGACUUUAAUAUGAAUGAGAGAGAAAUCAUAUCUGAGUGGGCGUACAACUGUGAGAGGAUAAUGCACGGGAUCCCUUCAGGUAUAGACAACGCAACGUGCACAUUCGGUUCGCUGGUUUCGUUUAAGAAAGGCAGCAAGCCACGUCACUUGGACAUCAAGAUGGACCUGCGGGUGUUGCUGGUGGACUCCAGGGUGUCCCGGGAGACCAGGGCCCAGGUCCUGAAGGUCGCAGUGCUGCGGCAGAGGAACACCGCCGCCGUCGACCAUAUACUAGAUGCCUGUGAUCAUGUAGCUCAUACAGCCACGCAGGUUUUGGAAAAACUCUCCAGUGGCAAGUGUGAAAUAAAUAUGGAGGCAGAAUAUCAGCAUUUAGCAGAGCUGUGGGACAUGAACCACUGCUUGCUGGCCGCGCUGGGCGUGUCGCACCCGGCGCUCGAGGCGAUACGCGGCGCCGCGCGGGCGAAGGGACUCGCCUGCAAACUUACUGGAGCCGGCGGUGGCGGAUAUGCGAUGGUGUUGAUCCCGCCAUCGACGCCGCGGUCCACAGUAGACUCCCUCACGGGCCAGCUUUUAGAAAAUGGGUUCCGAGUGAAGGAAACGCGUCUCGGCGGGCCCGGCGUGUCCAUCGAGAUGUGACGUCGAGCCCCUGGCAAGCGCCCGCGGAUCGCAUAGCCACGGUCCCCUUUCACUUGCUAUCUAAUUUAAAUAUAAGGACUAUCGGACAACAGUCGCUCAACAGUUCAACCACUGUUGGACGACUGUUGCCUGACUGCUAAGCGAUAGUUGUGAAUUGGCAGCAAACUUCUUCAGGAGUUAUUUAAGUGUAUAUUAAUGCAGUUGUUUAAUAAAGUUAUUGUUUAUUAUGACAACUGAUGACCUGUCCGAAGGACUGGGAGACGGUUUGCGAAUAAUACGAUUAUGUAAGUGUCGCAAGCUACAGUAUUAAUGGGAUGGACAUGGAGUGGGUGGGAGAGGGUUACGAUGUAAAGAGUGCGCAAUGCAUGGGUGAAGAGUAAACCUCUUGGAACGUUUUUAUAUUUAGGGAAAAGCGAACAUAACGCUUUGAAUAUCAAGAAAGGCAUAACAUUGCCUUUAGUAUAAAUAAAACCGUUUUACAAAACUUGUAAAUGUGUAAAAACUUGUGUGAAUGUUACUUUAGUAAUCAGAAACGAUUAUGAGAAGUAUUAUGGAUUCGUGACUCUAUUUGUCAUGCAGAGGUUGUUCAACUAUCCUACGAUAUUUUCUACCUCUAUACUUAAGGCCCUUGUAAUGACACUUGUGUCACAACAGUUGCGCAACUAUUUUAGUAGCUCAAAUAAAUGUUCUAAGCAAAUUGGUUUCUCUAUGCGUAAAUCUACGCGAGAUAUAUUUACAUAGGCCUCGAGAAUCUUGCAUUUGAAUACGACGAUGUUAUAUCAAUUCUUAAUAUUGUUAUAAUCUAUAUUGCCGUUAUUAUCGGUAUAUAUGUUAUAUGUAUUAUUAAAACAUGCAGUAAAACUAUUAAACUUUAUCAAAAUUGCACUGCCAAACUCGUUGAACUAUUUACAAUGGAAUAGCAUUGAAUUUCGACAAAUGAUUUCAGUGGUUUAUCUAACAUUUGCCCAGUUAUAACGAGACAAUCGUUUAGGGUUUGAUGAUAAUUGACCCUAUGUAUUCCACAAAGAAAACAGGAAUAUGUAACUGUAAAAGUCGAAUACGGUAUCAAAGAUAAAAAUACAUGAUAUCUGAUCAAAUGGAUGUACGGAACCAGGUUUGAUUUACACAUGUAACGCAGCAUUUUAAACUUGAAAAAAAAUGUGGCAAUUUUGAUGAUGUUCUUUUAAUUUUGGUUUCUAGCAAUGAUUUAUGUUUUAAAUGAUAUUAUAUUUAUUAUAGAUUAGUUGUUAGUUAGUUACAUGUAGUGUACCCACCUUUUUCUUCGCAUAAUGUUUAUUACGGGUGUUUAUGAGUUUGUGGUCUCAAACUGACAUUUAGAAAAAAACAAAUAACGUAUAGAGUUUUUGUUUCACUUACACUAAUCUCUACUUAUAUGUGCAAGAAAGAGAUCGGAAUAAGAAUUGAUGUAAUGCGUAAGACGCGUUCUAAAAUCGUUUCUGUUCCGGUCUUUGGUGCAUUUCUUGGUGAAGUGCCUCUUUGUGACCACAAAAUAUAUUGUUUCAUUAUAUAAAUGGUAAUUGCUGCAAAUAUUGUUAUGAAUGGUCCUUAAUAUAAACACGGAAAUAUAAAUAAAAAUCGAAUAAUAUUUAUAAACGUAUUUUGUUGUUAUUCAAUAAUUGCGCUUUAAUAAAAAGCUUUUGAAAAACAAAAUUUAUUGAUUUAGUAUAAAAAAUGUCUUUUGGCACCUCAAAUAUUUUGUGGUCUUGAAAAUAUGUAAUUAAUGUAUGCGCUAAAAACUACAAGAUUUAUACUUUCCUCGACGUUAAUGCACACACGAAUAAGUAGCUAUGUAAGUGUGUGAUGCUUAUGACGUAACAAUUUUAUGUGUCUGUGUAUUCUGCGUGACAAUCGGGACUUAAUUAAAUCUAUAUCAUGCCUGUCUUCCAUGAGACUGCUAUUCGUUAUUAUUCCAAUGCAAUUGUGAUAAAAAUAUAACAUACUGAUUAUUUCAAAACUAACACAAUAUGUAAAACCUUUUUGGUACGGGGCCAGUGUUGCUAGCUAUCAGUCUCAUUCUUUCCGCUUUCAGUUAAAAUGAUUUGUAUAACUUGGCAACACUAAACGAGACAUCGAAUUGAUGACGUCUCAUAGGACAUUCCUAGAAUAUUGAAAGAUUUCAACCUUGGGUAUUAGCGUUUCAUAUUAGUAAUUAUUUAAUAUGUAAAAUAAGUAGGUAUGUGUUUAUAUUGUCGCGCUCAAUAAUUUAGUGUUAAUUGGUGCUGAAUAAAAAUAAUGAAAUGUAUUUUAGAAACGUUGAGUAAA